AAAUCUUCUUUUGUCCUUUUUUUCGAAAAGUCAGUUAUUAAUAACUUUCUCUUUCUCUCUCUAAACCCCAUGCGAUGGCUUCCGGCACCGUCGCCGCCGACGACAACCGCCAUCUCCGGCUAGACUCGCUACCACUCAUCGACCUCCAUCUUCUUUCUCAGUCCGAACUAUAUUCCUUAUCUUUCACUUCCUCAACUUCUCACCCACUCCGUCGCUGCGACGACGACGUUUCGAUCCCCAAGAUUGACCGCUCCGUCUUCAACGAGUCCGCCGGAAGCCGUAAGCAGACAUACUCACGCCUCCGUCUCGCUUCUCGUAAAUCGAAAUUGUCUUCUUCUUCUUCUUCUUCUGCCGUUGUUGUUGCCCCACCGCCUGCCGAACCCCUUGAUCAGGAGAGGUUUCAGAUAAUCGGUCUUUUAAAGAAGUUGUUUACCGAUGAAUCUUCAGACGGACUUGUUUGUGCACCUGUUGAUUAUAAUAAUUCUUUUCCCGAGCCUUUGUGUGAGGUGAUGCCGAACACGCCGAUUGAUGUUGUGGUCGAUUCUGGUAUUAAGAAACGGAAGCGAGGGCGUCCGCGUAAGGAUCUGGUUCAGGAAUUUGCAUGUAAUGUCGAGAGUGGUUCGCCCAAUUCUUUAUUGUGCAGUUCCGGUGGAGAUAUUGGUUCUGUUCCGGUACUGUCUAAUGCAGAAUUGAGUAGUGCUAAGCCUGGCAGUUUUUCUGUACCGGUUGAUAGGGUCAUGGAAGAUUCUUCGGCGGCGAGUAUUGUUGGUGGUCAGGUGAAGCGGAAGCGAGGGCGGCCUCGUAAGGGCGAAAUUCGCUCUGUUGAGAAUGCCAAGGGUAAGGAUAGGGUGGUCGUAUGUGCUGCGAAGGCAUUAGGGAAUGGAAAUGGUACGGAAUUCAUUGCAUUGGGGAAUGUUGAGAACCCAUUUGAAGAGGAGUUGAUGAAAAGGACCCGAGGGUUGACGACUGAGGCGGAGUUAUUAGGGUUUUUGGAGGGGUUUGAAGGGGAUUGGAAUAGUUGGAGGAGGAAGAAGAAGACUGUGAAUGCCAGUGAAUUGGGAAACGCUCUGCCCAAUGGUUGGAGGAUUAUGAUCUCUUUUAAGAGGAGAGAAGGCCGGUUCUCACUCUUUUGCAGGCGAUUCGUUAGCCCUAAUGGGCAGCAGUUUGUCUCGUACAAGGAGGUCUCCUCCUACUUGCUAUCCUCGUUUGGACUUCAGGAUGCAAGCGAUUUAAAUCCCAGCCUUGCUGAAUGUAAAAUUCAGGAGGUUGCUUGUCAAGUGGGUUCUGGAGAUGAUGCAAAUCUUUCGUUUGAUGAUGCUAAGACUGCAAAUGAGCUCAUAAUCAGCUCAAGAGUGCCAAGUACCUCUACAAAUGAUGAUUGGAAGCAGGGCAUGCUCUUGGAAACAAUAAAUCUGGGGGAUGUUCCAGUAGAUAAUGUCUUAAUUAAAUGCCAGCAUCAUGCAAUGACUUUUGAUGAGAAAAAUGACCUAAUCCAUCACCUUUUCUCAUCUCAUAAGGACGCGAAUGGGUGUAAUUCUGUAUUUUGUGAGGGUCUUAUUUUUAACAAUGGUAAUUAUGAAUGCCAGUUCUGCCACAAAAUAUUGGAUGAAAAGUUUUGUCACAAUGAUAAUGUUGCAACCCGUGUUAAGGAUGAUGUGGAGAGCAUUGAAGUCUCACAAGGAAUGACAAGCACACUGAAGAAAUCUAAUCCUUCAGUAAGUGGUAUUUCACCGACAUCCUUGCAUAUGAAGGAACCAAUUGGAAUUGAUAAAGAACAACCUUCUACCAUGCCCGUUAAAGAUGAGGUGGGUUCUGGAGAACUUAAAGAAGAAAUUGUCACUAAAAUUUGUCACUCUUUAAGAGGUCAGGAUUCUUGCAUUCAAACUACCGAUAGAGGUGAAGUUGCUAACACUGUGAAUUAUAACAAUGAGGACAAAGAUAUUUAUGAACAUUCUGAUGGAAUGAAUCUUGUUGCUAAGUGUAUUACUAAUGGGUCUAUGGAGGAGCCUAAAUUAGAUAUGGAUACUCAAGCUGGUAUAUUUUCCAGUGAGGAAACUAUUUGUGGUAUUGAUGAUUUUGAAUGUCAUCAAUUUACUAGUGGAGUGGAAAAUAGGAAUGGCGAAUCAAUAUCUGGUCAUUGUGGGAUUGGGAAUGAGGAAGAAUGUGCCACAGUAAAGGAUGAAAAUGAGUUUCUGGGCUCUAAUUUGAUGGACUCUGUGCAUCAAAAACAUGAUGAACUUGGUUUUUGUGAUUCAUUAAUUGAUGAGAAAACACACUUGGUGUCUGGCACUUCCUAUGAGUCUAGAAAUAUUGGCUCAAGCAGUGAUUGUGUUGCAUUAAACGCAGAUGCUUUAACAAUUGAUGAUAGAAAUUCGGAAAGCUAUUUUAAUGUUCAUGAGCAAGAUUUUGGUUAUGUUGUUAACACACAAAGCCCUAGUUUUAAAAUCGAGGAACACUGGCCGCAAAGGAGUUUCCAAGGCGAUGUAUUUUCAGCAUUUUCUGCUGAAAAUAAUGCUACUGAGUCUUCUGUUGGCGCUGUCAAUGUGACAAAUUGUAAGAGUAGUGAAUUUAAUGUUGUUUUUGAUAACAAGGACCGGAGAUUUCAAGGACAGACCAUCUCUUGCAUGGAUCAAGAUAGAAACUCUGGAAGAGAUUCUCUACUUUUAUCUUCAUAUGAAGAUACAUUUGCUUUAGAAGAUAGUGCAGCCUGCAUUGGAAAAAUUGAGAAAGUUGACCUGAGAAGAGAUUUUUUGCUUAACCCAUUUAAUUAUGAACAAUCCUAUGAUGGAGGAAGUAUUGGGAAAAACAUGCUUUCAAGAUCAAGGGAUGACUACAAAAUCAAAGAAGUGAAGUGCUUAUCAAAUAAUGAGGUUUCACAUGAUUUUGGCAGCAGUUAUGGAGGAGUGGGUUCUAGUGCUGCUACAAGCACUGUGAAGGGAAUGAGUUCUGAAGGCUAUUCCUUUGAUACUUCAGGAAGUAACCGAACAUUUCCCAUCCCAAAUAGUGUGCAUGAUAUUUGCAAUGGAACUGUAAAGGAGCUUGAGCCAGAAAGAAAUUCUGAAAUUGGUUUAAUUUAUCCAUCUAGUGACCAAAUACAUGCUGUUGGAGAUAAUCUGGACAGUGGCUCUACUGGCACACAUUGGCAGCGGCCUGUUACUUCGUCUAUUCCAAUGCAAAUGUCUGGCCAUUAUUUGAACUCCAGUGUAAUUUCAGACGAGGAUGCCUAUGGAAAUUUGAGUGUUGAUGAAAAGUUUGAGAUGAUAGAUCUGGAAGGGCUAGGAUCAGGCAAUGCGGAUCAGUUGCUGUACAAUUUUUUGAGUCGGCAAGGAACCCCCAGUUCUAAUGAAUCAAAGGGUUUCACACAUAAAGAGAUGAAUCAAGGGUUUGAUUCUUCUUUGAGGCUUUCGGAUGAAGCAUCAACUUUUUUGCCGAAGACUUCUAGCAGGCAUCAAAACAUUACUAUCUGUGUCUGGUGUGGGGAGGAGUGUUAUUAUGAAGGUGUUAGCUCUGGAACAGAAUAUGAGUCGAUGGGAAUUAUGUGUACGACCUGCCAGGCUAAGUUCUCUAAUUAACAGACUAUGGCAGUUGUCUACUAGUGCUCUGACUUCACCGCUGAUUCAUUUUUUAUACACCCAGCUUCUUUUCAAGGAGAACGUCAUAGAUGAUACAAGACGUAGGUGGAAGUUGUUUGGAUGGGGGCCAAGAUUUUGUUGAUAUAAAUGGAACGAGGUCAGUCAAGUUGAAUAACAUAAUGUUUUGCAGUCAAGAACUCUUAGAAAUUGACUUACCACCCUACCUAAUCUAAAGUCAAUAAUUUCAUCACUGACAAGUGACAAUUAAUUGAUUUAGGCAUAUAUUUUUUGUUGUUUUAACUCAUUAUUUUUCCCCUCUUAGAACUAGAAAAAUGACUGGCCUAUUCUAUACUGUACCAUUUGAUUUUAAUAGAGAGAGAAAGAGAGAGAGAGAGAGAGAGAGAGAGAGAGAGAGAGAGAGUUUGCCUGUUAGAUGUACAUGUGGGAGCCUUGCUUUUUAAUUGUAAUAUUGAUUUUUCAUUUGUGUUGUUUUUAAGUUGGAAAGUGUUUUGAUUCCAUCUCCAACCCAAAACUCUAUAAUAUUUGUAUGAAAAUAGUAUAAGUUGAAUGUAGCAAUUAAGGUCUCAAUCUCA